CUCCUCCUCUCCACUCACGUCCCAGCAUCACGUCCGAGAGGCUACUCGCUUGCUCUCCGGCACCCGUUGCAUAGGCGGCGCGCUGUCUGUCUGAGUCUGAGUCCGCGUCUGCUGUCCUGCACCAUCCACCUGUGCUGUCUGCUGUCUGCUGUCUUUCGCGCUCGAGUGCAUGUGAAGGGGCUGGUCACGGCCAUUGCUAUCGACACGACGCAGACGCGCCACGCCACUGCUCCCACGCCCAAUCCCCAUCGCCAGCGCCCACAGCUGCCGGGACUAGAGCACCGCAUUGCAGCGCAUCUCCCCGCCCGCCCGUCGACCGCUCACCGCAUCCUCUGCUGCUCCCGUCGCCGCAUUUCUUGGUUCCGCCGCCGCCCGCCAGCACCACAGCACCGAGCAUGGCCGCCGUGGCAUCGCAGGCGCAGUCGCAGCACCAACAGCAGCAGCAGUACUACCAGCAGCAGCCGCCCGCCGCCCCAGGCACCGCGCCAGCACGUCGACCCUCGCAGCGCCGUCCGCCGAGUAAUGGCGCGUCGGCCAGCACGUCUGCCACCGCCCCGCGCGUCCACCCACCAGCCAUGAACUCGACCGGCGCCAUGCCCGCACCGCCGCCCCGGACCUCGUCCCACCGCACCCAGUCCUCGACGUCGACCACGGCCGGCGCACCACACCCCGACGCGGCCAACGGCGCCCAGUCGCGUCGCAGAGGGAAGGAGAGCACCUCGAGCAGGGCCCAGCCCGCCCACAGCCGCUCUGCCUCGGCCGUCGGCCAGCCGCCCAUCAACACGUCCCUGCCACGCGAAGAGAGCGCCGUCCUCAACAGGGUCGGCGUCUCGGACCCGCAGGACGACAUUGCCCGUGCGCAGGCUCGCCAAGCCGAGGGCCUUCCCGCGGACGUCACCCCCAUCACCGGCCUCGGCCUGGUGGGCAGCGAGGGCGUCGAGGAUGGCGGCCGCGGCGCAGGGCGGAGCCGGCAGGACCACUCCAAAGAAACCACCGUCAAGAAGCAGAAGUUUGGCAACUACAUCCUCGGCCACACGCUGGGCGAGGGCGAGUUCGGCAAGGUCAAGAUGGGCUGGAAGAAGGAGAGCAGCGUCGAGGUCGCCAUCAAGCUCAUCCGCAGAGAGACGCUGGGCGGCCACUCGAACCGCCUGCAGAAGAUCUACCGCGAGAUCCAGAUCCUGCGCCAGCUGGACCACCCUAAUAUUGUCCGCCUGCACGAGAUGGUCGAGACGGAGCGCCACAUUGGCAUCAUCCUCGAGUAUGCGUCCGGCGGCGAGCUGUUCGACUACAUCCUCAACCACCGCUAUCUCAAAGACAACGCCGCCCGCAAGCUGUUUGCCCAGCUCAUCUCGGGCGUCGGCUAUCUCCACAGGAAGGGCAUUGUGCACCGCGACCUGAAGCUCGAGAAUCUGCUGCUGGACCGCAACAAGAACAUCAUCAUUACCGACUUUGGCUUUGCCAACACCUUCAACCCCAGCGACGAGCUCGGCGAAGAGAUCGAGUACCGACUGAACGAUAAGGAGUUCAUCAGCUCACUCGGUCUCAUGAACUCGGACGCAACACAUCGCGGCGAUCUCAUGCAGACCAGCUGUGGAAGUCCAUGCUAUGCCGCGCCGGAACUGGUCGUCAGCGACUCGCUCUACACGGGCCGCAAGGUGGACGUCUGGAGUUGUGGUGUUAUUUUGUAUGCCAUGUUGGCUGGCUACCUGCCCUUCGACGACGACCCAGCGAACCCCGAGGGCGAUAACAUCAACCUGCUCUACAAGUACAUUGUGUCCACCCCGCUGACAUUCCCCGAAUACGUCACACCCCACGCAAGAGACCUCCUCAAGCGCAUACUCGUGCCCGACCCAAGGAAGCGCGCGGACCUGUUCGAGGUUGCGCGUCAUAGCUGGCUAGCCGACUACGCCCACGUCGUUGGCUUCAUCACGUCGAGCAACCCGAACAUCGCCGAAGCCUCGCAACAACAAUCUUCCGUCUAUGCGAAAGAACCAUUCGAACAGCCACCACCGCUCGCCAGAAGUGCGUCGGUGCGCGAGCCAGGAAAAUCACAGACAGUGGCCUCUCCUGUGCAUGGUGGACUCACUGCCAAACGCGAGCAGAUCAACCAACCAGCCUCGGAGAAGCCCAAGACCGGCCGCGACACCAAACGCCGCACGGUGCAGGUCGAGUAUGUUGCGCCUCAAUCACAGACUGUGCGUGGUGAAGCAUCGCCUCCUGUUGUUGCAGCUGGUCCGUCGAAUGCCCCGGCUGAAGUUGAUGGAUACCAAUCAUCAUCUGGCGCUCGGGCAGGCCGUGCUGCUGCAGCUGCAGCGCCUACUCCAACUCGACCAGGGCGAGAACCACAGAGAGCGGCUUCCGACUACACCGCUUUCGGCACAGCUCCUCCAAAUGCUGGAGCGCGACCAUCCACAGGCGGCUCGAGAAUGCCAUCGCGAGGAAACUCAUACGCACAGCCGGCGGCGGCAACUGUUGCUCAAACCAAUGUCGAGGGCCGCUUUUCACAGCCCAAGGGCAAGCAAUACUCGAUAUCAGCACCGAUUGUCCAGCCUGAGGUUCCUGGGAUUGUCGAACCUAGCAUUGGGCAGCCGAGCACGCAACGAACACAGUCCAUCCAGCUUGGCCCAUCAGGCGCAGCUGCAAAGGGCGGCCAUAAGCGGUCGAACACUGUCACCGAGACGCUUGGACGUAUGACAUCCAUGUUCUCAGGCCGCCAGGCCUCCUACACAACAGAUCCCAGAGGGUCCGCCACGUCCCACAACUCGUACGCAGACUACACGGGGACCGGGGAGAAGAAGGAGAAGAGAUACCCCCCGACAUCCAUGUCAGGACCCAUGUCAAACUCCAACGACGUCGUCGCAGCACCCAGACAAAGCACAGAGUCCAGCCGUCGCACCUCCUUCAGCUUCUCGCGCAAAAACACAAACUCGGGUGACGCCGCUAGACCCUCGCGCAGAUUCUCCCUCCUCCCCGCUUCCCUCUCCCGCACUUUCUCCUCCCAGCGCGAUAAUACCUCCACAGGCACGUCGCCCUCGGAGCGCCGCGGCUCGACGGUUCGCCCCCGCGCUUCGUCGCGCCCUGGUGGUGGUUACGCUCAAGGCAUGCAGUCCCGGUCUCCUAGUCAGAGCACAAUGGGCAGUAACAUGCCGGGCUUCUACGACGGCCAGCACGACAGCACGCCCCGUAUUCGCAACCAACAUAAUAACCCCAACAAUCCCAACAUCGCACAUGCAGGCCCCUCCUCCUCCUCCGCACAGCCCCCCUUCGACCAACACCAAGCCCCCAGCGCUCCCAUCGGCGACGAAAAGUUCCCGGACCCCCGCGAAGUACACCCCGCCUCCACGCAGCAGCAGAAUAGGCCGUACACGCACCAGAAUGAUAGUGAGGGUAGUGCGGGAUUUCCGCCCCAGCAGCAGCGAAAAGGCGUGCUGCAGAAGAGCCGCAAGUUCGAUGAGUUUCCGGAUAGUGGGGCGAAUAAGGGGAGCUCGAAUUCGUCGAAGCGUGUUAUGGACUUUUUUAGGCAUAUGGGGAGGAGGAGGGCUAGGGAGGACCGUUAAAUCAAGGUUAGCUGGGAUGGAAGAUAGGGG